AUGAUGCUCUUAGCACCAACAGUGAGUCACUUUGAUGAUGCUAUCAUCGGCCUUCAGAAUACCUGGGACGCUCCUUUGCAGAUAUCCACUGAUAAGCAGUUACAGCUUGCAUCCUCUGCCACCGCUCCUUCCUUUUCAACUGCAGUAUCUCCCUCACAUCAUUUGCACAACUCUCGUAUCUCGCAUAUUUCGAGCGAGGAUAAACUUGAUGAAGUCUGCCCACCUGGCGAUGUUCCUUUACCUGAAACGGCUCAUUUUGAUGCAAACGGUUCUGGCGAUGGAAGUUCCAGUAGUACAAACUGGAGCUACUGCAUACCGAUUGCAAUUUAUGCUCGACUUACAGAUCCAGAAGUCAGUCGGAUUGUUUUCCGGUGGGCCAAAUGA